CGUUCUAUUGUUGCGGGAAGAGUGCCGGUGGUGGCUGCGCCUGGCGUCGCCUGGGGAACGCCAGGACUCCCAGUAGCAAAAUGAGCCCCUCCCCGAUGCUCCUCUUCCUCUGCCUCCUCCCCGACCACAAAGCAAAGGGCACCCCUCCCUGGUGGAGGUCGGGUGUCCCAUCCAGAACUUUGCGGGGUCCCCUGAUGGACCCUUGGCGGAACCGCCCUCAAGUUCGUUGGAUUCCGCCGAAGUCUUCAGGAGGCUGGUUACACAGAGAACAAGAUCGGAGCGGGCAAUGAGAGAUUCAUAAGUGGAACCGUACUGUUUGUCCGUUUGCAAGAAACUGGACCAUGGCUGAUUUCAGGAACAUGGAUAUCGUCAAUGUCACGGCCUUGCCAAUGGUACCAGUGGAGGAGCCCCUGACUGUCUCCCUCGUUGCCCGGAAUGCGAUGAAGAAUGCCGUGUGGCAGAGUCUGAAGGACAAUCCACCCCCCUGCCUCAUUGGCUCCAUCCACCAGGUGAACGAAACAAUUGGGGAGCUAGAUCUGAGUCCCAAUGUGUUGGCCGACAACCUGGCGAUUGAGAGAUUUGAGUUGGAGAAGCAGGCUUUGAGAGAGAAAAGUCGCGGCAGCCCGGAAGACAGAGACAAGAGUCAAAGAAAAUCACAGCACGUUUGCAGAGGCUCAGAAUCUAGGAAUGUCAAACCUAUCGUUAAUAAAAGGAAAACAACAGAUAAAAAUCUGCUGGCCGAGCUCUACCAGCACCCACAGAAAUUUGACUGCGCGGUGCCCAACAGGCUUCCGAAUGGGGUGGACUUUUGCGACAUGGUGGGCAAUGUGGUCCGGGCUGAGAGGAACCGCCUCAGUGGCAAGUCUUUCUGUUCAGAUAGAGAAUUAAAGAAGUUUCUCUCUUCUCCUUCUCCAAGAGCCAUGUGGCUGGAUAGCUUCUGGUGGAUUUUUCAUGAGAGGUACCAGCCAGACAAGGAGAUCCAGAAUAAGCUGUUUGAUCGGAUAUCCCAACACUACGCCUCUCUCUUGUUGCGGGAAUCCAAGUCCCACUAUGAAGAGGCUCUCUUAAAAAGGUUGCCAUCACUUCUGAGCAAAGCCCUGUACACCAGCUUCUGCUGCUGCUUCCCACAGUCCUGGUUCAACACGCACGAGUUUAAGUCGGACGUCUGCAACACGAUGAGCCUGUGGAUUUCGGGUAUAUACCCUUGCCUACAGAGCUAUAACAGCUGGGACUACUCGGAACUAGAUCCAGAGAGAUUCCAGAGAGAAGAAUUAAUUUUGCAGAGAAAAAGAAUGUUAAAGAGAAGAGCUUUUUCUUUGUUGACUUCUAAGAGACACUCCUCCCAGAAGGCUGGCCAGAGAAAGGAAGUCCAGGACCCAAAGUCUUCCUGUGUAACUUCCACCACGGAGAAAGGGCCUGUGGCCAAGAAGAGGCCAAUGGCUGGCUCACAAACACAGAGCGCUGCGAAAGAGCAUCACUGUCAGACUCUGGUCCUGAGGAAAGCUGCAAAACAAGUCAAGAAGAUAUCGGAAGCCAGAGAAUAUGAGGAUAUGCUUCCCAAGAAGUCUUACCCAGCCUGCAAAAGCCCUGAGCUGACUUUCAACGUCUUCAAUAUUUAUGGGAAGAGCCCGCUUAUUGUGUACUUCCUCCAAAACUACGCCAGUCUGCAUCAGCAUGGCAAAGACGUGUUGAUGGUCAGAAGGGAGAAAACCAAGAGCUUCCCCACUGAGUCCAUCCUGACAUACGCUGAGGUCAUCGAGCUGACCCUGAUGAACAUGAAGAAGAGGAAGGAAAACUUCCGCAUGCUGAGCAGGCUCCACCGGAAUGAAUGGAAUUACUUUGAUGAGCACCUGAAGGGACUGCAAGAAAACGUCCUCAGAGAGGUGACGACUAUGGAUCAAAGAGCAUUAGAUAAAAAGAAGACAAACCGCUUGUUGAUUCAACCUUCAACCGUCAUUGCAGAGUCCUCCGGCAAGAAAUCCAUAGGAAGCUACGAGGAGAUGGCAUUUAUUUCAAGGAGGACACGCAAGGAGUCAAAACCAACUCGGAAAAAGGAAGUCAACUUCCUUAACGCCUCACCUUCUAACACACCUGGAGGAAUCCUUGUCCAAGAAUUGGGAGAACGUUUGGCUGAAGCCUGUGCAUGUUACAGGGUUUCAUCUAAAACAGAAACAACAAAACAAACAAACAAACAAACAAAUAAUACUGUAACACAUUUAGCCACUCCCAGUCCAUGGGGCAAAGAAUAUUAAAGUUCACUUCUACCCUGA